GUUAAACCAACUUGUGUGUUAAUUUAGUAAUGAGUUGACUAAAUCUGCACAAAGAGUAUUAAUUGGAUACAAAAUUCAAGCACUUUGACUAUAAGUGCUUCAAUAUGAAUGGACACAAAAUCUCUGUUGACUAUAAGUGCUUUGAUUUUAAUGGAUACAAAAUAUCUAUUGAAUAAGUGCUUUAACAUGUCUCCGAAUUGAUUCUAUAAUCUAAAUAUGGCUUUCUCUCUGCUUCCCUUUCUCCUCUACUCACUGAUUUUGCAAUCCAUCAGUGUUGCAGCACAAACCAAAAGUACCAUAGCCAUUGGUGAUUCUUUUACUGCAGGAACCAACACCUCUCUCGGGUUGUUUUCACCUUCUGGUGACUUUGCCUUUGGUUUUCUUCCACUUAAAGACACUAAUCUUUUUUUGCUUUCCAUUUGGUAUGCAAAAAUUUCUGAGAAAACUAUUGUGUGGUAUGCUAAUGGAGACAGUCCUGCACCAAAAGGGUCAAAAGUGCAACUCACUGCCAAAGAUGGGUUGGUGCUAACUUCUCCAAAUGGUGUCAGGUUAUGGAGUACCGAGGGACUCAACGGUGCAGUUUCUCGCGGCGUGUUCAAUGACACCGGCAACUUUGUGCUCGAGGAUGGACAUUUCAACGGUCUUUGGGAAACUUUCGAGUUUCCCAGUGACACCUUGUUGCCUUCUCAGGUUGUUGAAAAAGGAAGAAAGCUUUCUUCAAGGCUUAAAGAGACAGAUUUCAGUAAAGGAAGGUUCGAGCUCCUUUUACAAAGUGACGGUAAUCUUGUUAUGCAUUCUGUUAAUUUACCAUCUGGUUAUGUUAAUGAAAACUACUAUGAAAGUCAAACUGUCGGAUCCAGUAAAUCAAGUGCUGGAACUCAACUGGUUUUUGACACAUCAGGGCACUUGUAUGUCUUGGGAGAGAACAAUGAGAAAUACAGUGUGUCAGGAGAAGAGAGUAAAGUCUCUACCGCAGAUUUUUAUCUUAGAGCAACUCUUAAUUUUGAUGGAGUGCUCACACUUUACAAGCAUCCAAAGAGUUCAACUAAGAGUGAAGGUUGGACCAUAGUAUGGUCCAAACCUGAUAAUAUAUGUCUUUAUACUGUCAGUUCUGGUAGUGGUGUUUGUGGAUACAAUAGCUUCUGCACUUUGGGAGAUGAUAAGAGACCAACAUGUCAGUGUCCAAAAAGUUACUCACUGGUUGAUCCUAAUGAUCCAUAUGGUAGCUGUAAGCCAGAUUUCAUACAAGGAUGUGUAGAAGAUGAAGUAAGUAAAAAACGAAACAAUCUCUAUGACUUUGAUAUUUUGAUUGAUACUGAUUGGCCUCUAUCAGAUUAUGUGCUUCAAAGGCCUUUUACUGAAGAACAAUGUAGGAAAUCUUGUCUGGAAGAUUGCUUUUGUUCUGUGGCUAUUUUCAGGUUAGGUGAUAGCUGUUGGAAGAAGAAGUUACCACUCUCAAAUGGGAGAGUUGAUGCAACUCUUAAUGGGUCUAAGGCCUUCUUGAAGGUGCAAAAAGCUAAUGUCUCCCUUGGUUGAGGGUGAGAAAAGUUUAAGAAAUUGGUAAUGCGUUCUAUUUGGUGUGUUAAAAUAAUAUCUUCCUAAGCAAAAUAAAUGCUAAUGCAAGAUUGGCAGCUGGUGCUUAAAAGUGAUUUUUUUGUUGUUGCAUUUAUGUAUUUGUAUCAAGCUGUGGUUUUAUGUUUCUUCAGCAUUACUAUUUGAGGUCAAGAUUAGUUUUAUUUGCAUGAACAAAUUUGAUUAAA